UCAAUACAUAAUCAUAAAUUUAUAUUUCUUAAAUAUGUAUAUAAGACACGUCUAGAAACUCGCUGAGAACAAAAGCCAGAUGUAAGUCAAACGUAUGCACAGCUUUUUGGGUAGCAGCCUCUUUUGAACUAUCUGCCCAAAUUGUUGACUAUUAUACAAGAGCUUUAAGUAUACACUACCACGUCAAGCUUUUUGUCCGAUAAUUAUUUUUAUCCUGGGUUACACAUGUCAAUUUGAUGCCUUCAGAUUCAGUGUUAAAAUAAUAUUUUAUCAGUGAAAGUCAUGAAUUAUAAUACAAAUUAAUUUUUAUUUCUCAACUUUAAGACAUUGUAUGUAUCAUACCCAUAAAAAAAUAUACAUUAUAUAGACAAUUAGUCAUGAUCAAUUAAUUCAAUUGUUAUAGAUUUCCUGUUGUUUUAAUUAGUGUAAAAUUUGUUAUUGAAAUUAAUUAUAUAUAUUUGCUGUAUUCAGUGAUUUAAAAUGAAUUAAUUUUAACAGUUACUUUUUUCUAACUUUUAAAACAGACAGACACUUAAUUAUCUGUAUCAACAAUAUGGUAUCCAAAUUAUUUCAUUCUUAUCGUAGAUUAUUAGCCCAACACAUGCAUAUCAUACAAAAACACAUGCAAAGGAAUAUUAAUUCUUUAACGUAUCUUAUAUUCUUAAAAUAUAAUAAUUUUUAAUUUUAUAAACACAAUCCAAAUUGUCAAUACCAAUAUCUUGAACAAAAACAAAGUUAUGCGUGCAUAGCAGCCUCAUCUACCACGACAUUCAUUAUUCCAACAACCAAUUCAAGGAAUGAGAAUUAAUAAAAUUGCCACUAGGCUCGAGCGUUUACUUGAAGGAAUUAUGGCUAUAUAAACAUCAUAAAAAUUGAAGAAAGUAGACAAGUAUUAAACACUAGUAAAAAUGAGUUCCAAUUCCAACAAGAGUACACUUCCCAAGGAAGCAGGAAAGGUGGAUGAUGCUUACCUCUCUGCUACGUUACUUUGCUUUAGCCGGAUCCUCCCUGCAGUUCUAAAUGCUGCUGUUGAUAUCAAUUUGUUUGAUAUCAUAGCAAAGGCAGAGAGUUCAUGUCAUGCAUCUUUAUCUGCCUCUCAAAUUGCUUCUUUGCUUCCAAAUCAACACCCUCAAUUGCCUAAUAGGCUUGAACGCAUCUUGCCACUUCUAGCCAGUUACUCUCUUCUGGAUUGCUCCAUUCGAACCAAUCAAGAUGGUAACAAAGAAAGAGUUUAUUCUCUCUCCCCCGUUGGCAAAUACUUUGCAUUUGAUAAUGAUGGAAUCUCUUUGGCCCCUCUCACAACUUUAAUAAAUCGCGGAUUUCAUGACCUAUGGACGGAUGUGAAGGAUGCAAUUGUGGAUCCUAAUUGCUAUAACCAUUUCGAAAGUGUCUAUGGAAUGCCAUCAUUUGAAUAUAUGGAGAGAAAUGGGGAGCUGAAUGACAUGUUUAACAAAGCAAUGGCUCACGCUGGCCCAAUAGAAACUAAAAUGGUAAUCAACUCAUACAAAGGAUUUGAAGGAGUGUCAACACUGGUUGACGUUGGAGGUGGAGUUGGAGAGACCUUAAAACUAAUUCUCUCUGCAUAUCCUUCAAUUAAAGGCAUUAAUUUUGAUUUGCCUCAGAUGAUUGAGGAUGCACAACCUCAUCCAGGUAUAGAGCACAUCGGAGGGUCUAUGUUUGAAACUGUUCCAAAUGGUGAUGCCAUAUUACUAAAGUAUGUAUGUCAUAAUUGGUCAGAUGAAGAUUGCAUAAAGUUUUUAAGAAAUUGUCACAAAGCUUUGCCACCACAUGGAAAAGUGAUUGUUUUGGAUCUUAUAACCCCAGAGGUCCCGAAUUCCAGCGGCACAUCUAAGCGUACUUGUGUUGUCGAUAAUCACAUGUUUUUAUCACAUGGUGGAAAGGAAAGAACUGAGAAUGAGUUUGAGAACUUGUGCAAGAGGUCUGGUUUUUCCAAAUUUCAUGUUGCAUGUAAUGAUAUCCCAGGUGCGGUGGGAGUGAUGGAAUUUUAUAAAUAGAAAACUGUUGAGCAGUAAUUUGAAUCUUUGUAUUUUCCUAAUAGUUGUUGGAUAGGGAUUAUACACUAGAAACAUUCUUAUCCAAGGACCGAGUGUAUCGUACAAGUCACUUUGACCCUACAUCGUAAUAAAUAAGUCAAUAGUGAAUAAAGAGACAUUAUGUAAUAUUUUUACUUAUUUUUUUUUAAUGAAUUGUAAUCCUUUUACUCAUUCAUAUAACCUAAUACAUGUGAUUAUAUAUUUAUUGUU